AUGGGUAAUGCAGGAAGUCUUUUAGGUGGCGAAGAGGAAGCCUAUAGUGGUACACCCUCAAACAAUAUUGCUACAGCACCACCUCGAGGACCACCUUAUGGUGGAGGGAGUAAUAGAGGAGAGCCAAGGGGAAAUGGACCUGCAAGAGGUGGGGCCCCUCAAAAACCCUUACCAAUUGAAACACCAGCAGUGUCUUUAAGUGAGCUAAAUAGAAUGACAGAUAAUUUUGGCACAAAAUCUUUAGUUGGUGAAGGUUCUUAUGGAAGAGUCUUCCAUGGAAAACUAAGCACAGGUGAAGAAGCAGCAGUAAAAAAACUGGAUACAAGCUCUUCACCUGAGCCAGAUAAUGAUUUUACAGCCCAGUUAUCCCUGGUUUCAAGGCUUAAAAACGAGUAUUUUGUUGAAUUAAUCGGUUAUUGCUUGGAGGGAAACAACCGUAUCUUGAUAUAUCAGUAUGCAACAAUGGGUUCUUUACAUGAUGUAUUACAUGGGAGAAAGGGUGUACAAGGGGCGGAACCUGGUCCAAUCCUGACAUGGAUUCAAAGAGUUAAAAUUGCAUAUGGAGCAGCAAGAGGUCUUGAAUAUUUACAUGAAAAAGUUCAACCUUCAAUUGUUCAUCGUGAUGUUAGGUCAAGCAAUAUUUUAUUGUUUGAUGAUUUUCGAGCCAAAAUUGCUGAUUUCAAUUUGAGCAAUCAGUCUUCUGACACUGCAGCUCGCCUGCAUUCCACUAGAGUGUUGGGAACUUUUGGCUACCAUGCUCCUGAGUAUGCAAUGACCGGACAGAUAACUCAGAAAAGUGAUGUUUAUAGUUUUGGAGUUGUUCUUCUAGAACUUUUGACCGGAAGGAAACCGGUUGACCAUACGAUGCCGAAAGGACAACAAAGUCUUGUUACUUGGGCAACUCCUAGGUUAAGUGAGGACAAAGUAAAACAAUGUAUCGAUCCAAAGUUAAACAAUGAUUACCCACCAAAAGCGGUUGCAAAGAUGGCGGCGGUGGCGGCGUUAUGUGUACAAUAUGAGGCGGAUUUCAGGCCAAAUAUGACGAUUGUUGUCAAGGCUCUGCAACCGCUUUUUAAUUCGAAACCAGCGGCGGCGGCAGAGCCUCAAACUUCGUAACCAAAUUUCUAGAAAGUUUUAUCUAGAAAUCUUAGUUUGAAAUGUACUAGAAAACCAAUUAUGGAAUGGAAUUGAAUUCUUCUCAAAAGUCAAAAGUAGAAACUCUUGGGGGGUGUUUGGGAUUGCUUUUUGAACUCCAAAAGUGCUUAUUGACUUAUGGUGGUGGCAGAAAAAGUUUUUAAAAAAGUGUUUGGAUUAGCUUUUGUGGUGGCAAAAAACGAUAAGUCAAUAAGUUAAAAAGUGUUUGGCUUAAAAUCUCUUUUUUGAAGCUAUUGUGGUUAAAAAGUUAAAAGGAGUUACAAAAAAAA